GGACGUCCGCUGUAGGAGUGGUGUGGAGGCUGCUUCUUCGUCUUUAUCCUCCGCUCCCCAAGAUGGCUGCGCUAAGUGUAAACAAGGUCGGGUUUGGAGCGGGUUUGGAUGCCGGGAACAGGCAGAGCCGGAGUCCCUCCGGGCCUGUGGUGAAGGUUCUUGAGUGUGGAGUCUGUGAAGAUGUAUUUUCACUUCAAGGAGAUAAAGUUCCCAGGCUGCUUUUGUGUGGUCAUACUGUCUGUCAUGACUGUCUUACUCGUCUUCCUCUCCAUGGCAGAGCAGUUCGGUGUCCUUUUGAUCGGCAGGUUACUGAGUUAGGUGAUUCUGGAGUCUGGGGCUUGAAAAAAAAUUUUGCUUUGUUGGAGCUCCUGGAGAGAUUGCAAAAUGGCCUUGGUGGUCAGUGUGGGACAACUGAAGAGGCUAUUGGCCUCUCUGGAGAGGUAUGCAUUAUCCGUUGUGAUGAAGAUGAGACCCAUCUUGCUUCUGUGUACUGCACUGUGUGUGCCACUCACCUCUGUGCAGAGUGUUCCCAACAUACUCAUUCUACAAAGACACUAGCAAAACACAGGCGUGUUCCACUUGCUGAUAAACCUCAUGAGAAGACCAUGUGUUCUCAGCACCAGGUGCAUGCUAUUGAAUUUGUGUGUCUGGAAGAAGGUUGUCAGGCCAGUCCUCUUAUGUGUUGUGUCUGCAAAGAAUAUGGAAAGCAUCAAGGCCAUAAACACAGUGUUUUGGAACCAGAAGCAAAUCAGAUCCGUGCUUCCAUUUUAGACAUGGCUCAUUGUAUAAGGACUUUCACAGAAGAAAUAUCAGAUUAUUCUCGGAAGCUUGUUGGUAUUGUUCAACAGAUAGAAGGAGGAGAACAGAUAAUUGAAGAUGGUGUUGGAAUGGCUCAUACAGAACAUGUCCCCGGUACUGCAGAGAAUGCUCGUUCAUGUGUCCGAGCCUAUUUUUCUGAUCUUCAUGAAACCCUCUGCCGCCAAGAAGAAAUGGCACUUAGUGUGGUGGAUGCCCAUGUGCGAGAGAAAUUGAUCUGGCUUAGGCAACAGCAAGAAGACAUGACUAUCUUGUUGUCACAGGUUUCGACCGCUUGUCUUCACUGUGAAAAGACUUUACAGCAGGAUGACUGCAGAGUUGUGUUGGCCAAGCAAGAAAUUACAAGGCUUCUAGAAACACUUCAGAAACAGCAACAACAAUUUACAGAGCUUGCAGACCACAUACAACUUGAUGCUAGCAUUCCAGUUACAUUUACAAAGGACAACAGGGUACACAUUGGACCAAAAAUGGAGAUUCGAGUUGUAACCCUUGGAUUAGAUGGAGCUGGUAAAACUACAAUUUUAUUUAAGCUAAAGCAGGAUGAAUUCAUGCAACCUAUUCCAACCAUAGGUUUUAAUGUUGAAACUGUAGAAUAUAAAAAUCUGAAGUUCACCAUUUGGGAUGUAGGAGGUAAACACAAGCUAAGGCCUUUAUGGAAACAUUAUUACCUCAACACACAAGCUGUGGUGUUUGUUAUUGACAGCAGCCACAGAGACAGGGUCAGUGAGGCGCACAGUGAACUUGCCAAACUGUUAACAGAGAAGGAGCUGCGGGAUGCUUUGCUGCUGAUCUUUGCCAAUAAGCAGGAUGUAGCAGGAGCACUAUCGGUAGAAGAAAUCACAGAAUUGCUGAGUCUCCACAAACUCUGUUGUGGCCGUAGCUGGUACAUCCAAGGUUGUGAUGCCCGGAGUGGCAUGGGACUGUAUGAAGGACUGGACUGGCUCUCAAGACACCUGGUAGCAGCAGGUGUAUUGGAUGUGGCUUAAGCUCCUGUUGAAAUCCAUUAAGCUUGAAGAGCGGUUAAUUUAUUUGUGCAACUUGAGAUGGUCAAGCAAACUUCUAAAUCUGUUUUUUCUAAAGAAAACAAUGGUUUGGCUGGAAUGGAAGGUGUGGUACAAUGUGUAUACCAUUCCUGUAAAAUACAGUAAUUGAACAGAGUGGCAUAGUGGAUUUUCAGGAGAGGUUGAAGAAAUGAAGAUCUUCAACUACACUACUAAACAAACUAAUUGAUAACAGUACUUUUACAGGACUUUACAUUAUUUGACCUCUCUCUUUUGAGAGUUGGCCUUGUUGCAUUCACUUUUUGAGAUCUGACGUGGACACUGUGUGCACAGUUUCUUCACAUUACCUGAAAGGUCACAACUCCUUUAUUCUGGUUAAUAGCUCUACUUCUUAAAAACAAAAGUCAGAUUAAGUCACAACUUUGGAUCCAGGCUAUGAGCUCUUUAAUGCUUUUCUGAUGCUUUACCUCAACAUUAUUUUACACACAGCUUGUGUGAGGCUACCAUCAAAAAUUUAUAUAGACCACAUGCUUCCCUGCUUAUGUUAAUAAUUUAUUCUUUAUUUAUAGAGGCUACCUUAAAACAUUUAUUGCCAAUAAAGUAGACACACAUUCAUGUUAAGUAUAGGAGAACUUAGGAACAAUAAUCAGAUAUUAUAAAUUUGAAAGCCUACUAGUUUUGAAAUUGAGAUUCUGUCAAGAAUAGGACAGAAGACGUAAUAAGUUAUUUGUUUUAGCAAUCUGUGUUAUUUGACAGUCUGGCAGAUUGUUCAAUGAUAUCUUUCUCUUCUUAUUCCUUCCUGUUAUCUGUCUUUCCUGUGUACUUAACUGAUGGUACAUAGUUGCAUAAAUCUUCUUUUCAUCCCAAGAUCAGGCAUGGUUUAUCUUUAUUCUUGAUGGCAAAUUAAGUAAAACCUUGGGAAGUAUAACAUCCCUAUUUAUUGAACAUUGAAACAAAUUUUCUCUCCUGUGUUAUAUUGGGUGCACUUUCAUUUCUUAAGCAUAGAGUGAGCAGUGCCUCAAAUUUCGACCUUUACUUUUUUUUCCUGUACUGGAUAAAUUCUGGUAUUAGUUUGUUUAUGGAGAACUUCUGUAACAAGUUCUGUAGCAGUUCCCCUUGUUAAACUUGAUCUGUUUAGUACUAGGUUUAGUAAUCAUAUUUUGCAGUUCAUAUUUAACCUAGUUAACAAUAGCAUAAUAAAACCAAUUGUCAGCAGGCGGUUUUAUCCUAGUGCUUUGAUGACGUAGGACACAAUACUUUGAUGGGACAUUUGAAAAAGAAGACUUUAAUAAUUUUCUGCAAAUCUGUUGAUAAAGAUUCUGCAGAGCAGAGCUUUUAAAUAUUUUCUAUUUUGUUAUUUUGAGGAAGCAUUCUAUAUUUUAUACCAUAAUUGAAUAAGAGGCCACAGUCUACUCUGCUGUUGUCACGGGUUCUGUCCUCUUAGGGGAAGAUGGCUGGAUGAGGCUGGCAAAUCUACAAUGCUAUGGAGCACAGUUGUAUGUUUGGGGGACAGAUUCUCUUUCUUAGCAAUAUGAUGUUCUUCAAAAAUGGAUAAACAGCUCCCCCAUAUUUUCCCUUAGAGAACAACAUUAAGUCAUUCAUUAAACAAUCCUUUGGAGUACCAGAAUGUAAACUUGCCCUAAGCACCUCACUAAUAAAAAUGUUGAAGUUGAUUGGUUACACAUUGGAAGCCUGGGCCCUGAUCAUCAGGAAUUCCAUUUGUGCUGUUGCAUGGGGUGUGGGAGGAGGAACAGCUUGAAACUAGAGACUGAGGCACAGAAUGGGGACAGCAGGUAAAGAGCUCAACUUUGGAGGCUGGCAUUCCUCUCUACAUCUUGGUCGUAGAAGCAUCCAAGAGUGCCUGCCCAUGCCAUUGUGGGCUUCAAACUUCAACUGUUCUCCUUAUUACCCAGCAGGUGGGCUGGGGAGGGAAUUGGCUAGCAAUCAGGCUGCCCAGUGACUGAAUCCAUGCCAUGCCAAAUUAUGUAAAUUGUAACCAAUACAAGUUGCUGCAAUUUUAUAAUUCAUGCCAGGCUAAGAGUAUUUGCUGCCCUUUUUAUCCUCCCUGUUUGUACUGCUGGCAUAAAGCAUGUCUAAAGAAACGCCUGUUCACUGCUGUUUGCUGCUGUGGACAAGCCCAUGCUGUGUUCAGUGGGGCUUCCUCCUGGGUAAUAGUGCAGAAGAUUGGAGCCUUUGCUACCUUUCUGCUCCAACUUCUGAAAUGUUCCAUGUAAGUUGUUACAGAAAAAUGUUAUCAGUGUUGUAUUUCUCAAAAAGGAGGUGAAAAUGCCUCUGAAACUGAGCAGAACUGUGCAGUAUCAAGCUCUGAACUGACUGAGCACCUUCAAACCCUUGUUGGUUUCACCUAAUGGGCUAGAAAGGAAUAUUGCAUAGAGUAAGUGAUGAAGUGAUGAAACUUACUAGAACCAAAAUUAUACUACCUAUUUGAGGUAUGAUCUUCAGGGCACAAUUCCUUCCAUGUUGGCUGUUCUAGGCAAAUGGAAUAGUUUUGCAUUUCACAGCUAUUCUCAUUUCAACUGAAAUCUUGGUUACUAAAUCCUACUUUGAUACAGUGAAUGCCUAUAGCUGUCCAAAAAACAAAACCCACAAAACUUGGAGAUUACUUACUUGCAGCAACUUUUCUUCAACUGAUAACAUGCUCAAAAUAAACUACAAGGUUAGACUUAAUGAUUUUGGUUGAAAAGUCAGUGUUUGAAAUAAUCUUGAAGGCUUUCUGUUAUAUUUCAGUGAAACCAGACUUCAGCUUCUAGGUUUUUAUUUUUAACACUAUUGAAAUGCAUGACACCACUUGAUACACAGCAGUUGGAAAAGCUGAAUGUGAAUCGUUAGUUCUUCCAUGUCUUUCACUGCUGUAGUUCUACUGUUUUGAGGCUUUGCUCCUUGCAAAGCACUGAGUGUUGAUUUUAGGAUGUUGUGGAGAAAUACUUGUUUCUGGAAAACCUGUUUUUAAUACUGAUAAAAACCAAGCUUUGCUACAAAUGUAGUGUGCUUGCAUAAAAGUAUUAUUUAACUAAACUCUAUUCAAGUGACUGUGAAGUAUUGCGGUUGUCGUCUCAAUUCAAGUAUUACCAAAUACUCUAAGCAACUUGUUUGUAUAUAACUACUUCAGCUAUACACUUAAGCUUGUUUCAUAUAUUGUUGAGCUUUAAUUCAGUUUCGUGUACUGAUGUGUACCAGUUUUUUAAAAUGUCUCAUUCCAAGGAGAUUUUUUUUAAAUAUAAGCUGUUUUAAAAGCAGACUAUAUUUGAAUAAAGACUUCUUUGUAAAAUAGUUGGGUCAUAGAGUCUAGUUUAACUGUGAAACUAAAAUGCAACAGUAACUGUAAAGAAAGAUAACAUCUUGCUGUAAAAGUAACAUCAUAAUAUAUUGAGCUUCAUUACUUGACACAUUCUAACUUUUAACUGUGUGUUAUGAAUUAUUUUCUAAUUCUGGAUCAGGAUGGAUGAAAGGAUGGAGGUGAGUUGAUUGCUCCAAGAUGUCAAUGUUUUGAAACUACACUAGUUGUAAAACAGCUCUCAAAAAAGAACAGCAUUUGGUUUAACAAUCAUGUUCAUGCAGUUUCAAAAUGUCAUUGGAUGCUUAAAUAAAAAUUCUUUAACCCAAA